GCGAGUAGCUGUUAUAUUUGUACCUGGAUAUAUCCAGGAGGUAACCGCUCGUGAGCUGAAAAAGAAGAUACGUGGUGAAAGAAAGUCAGUAAGCUGAUGAGCAAAGCUACCCCUGGCGCAGGAGUGUCAUUCGUUAAAGAGAAAAAAAGCAUUGAUAUUGGAUUGUUUAAAAGCAAGCGUGGUUGUGAGUGAAAGGGAGAAAAAAGACACCGGUACCAAGUAUCUCUUUGUGUGAGAGAGACAAUACAGAAAAAAUAAGUGCAGUAACAAAGGGAAAGAGUUUAUAUAAAGGGAAAGUGAUAUCCAUAGGGAGGAAGUGCAGUGGGACUCGGAGUGACAGGAGUAGUAUGGUGCACUACGGGUGUGCGAAAACUGACAGCGGAGGUGUCGAGUGCUUCAUCGACUUCACACGACAAGAACGUUCCAAGAAAACAGGGAGGAGAGAGAUAUAGGGAGCAGAGCCAGGAAGCUGUUAUCUGAAGCUCUGGGAGAGGAUACGAUAAGCUCAUCCUGAUUUUUCACCUUAUGAGGACAGAGGAGAGAUCCAGCCCGAGGAGCAGGAGCUCCGUCGGGGACGGAAGUCAAAUCGACGCCAUGACAAGGUUCAUCGAAGUCCUGGCUAUUCUGGGAUCAUUUCUUCUUCUACUGAUCACUCUGCCGUUUUCCUUAUGCUUCGCUUUCAAAGUCGUGCAAGAGUACGAGAGGGCUGUCGUCUUCAGGAUGGGACGUCUACGUGGAGAACCGCAAGGACCAGGAACGUUCUUCAUAUUACCCUGCGUGGAUAACUGCGUUCUGGUCGAUCUCCGCACGGUAUCCUUUGACGUGCCGCCUCAAGAAAUCCUUACCAAGGAUUCCGUAACAGUCAGCGUAGACGCAGUGGUCUACUACAGGAUCAAGGAACCGUUGAACGCAGUAGUGAAGAUAGCGAAUUAUAGUCAUUCGACCAGACUCCUGGCGGCCAGCACUCUUCGCACUGUACUCGGGACUCGUAGCCUCGCCGAGAUCCUCUCCGAGAGGGAAACCAUAUCUCACACCAUGCAGGCAUCCUUAGACGAGGCGACUGAUCCUUGGGGCGUUAAGGUCGAACGUGUCGAGAUAAAGGACGUACGACUUCCGGUACAAUUGCAACGGGCCAUGGCGGCGGAGGCCGAGGCAGCUAGAGAGGCACGUGCAAAAGUGAUAGCAGCCGAAGGAGAAAUGAGAGCCUCGCAAGCAUUGAAGGAAGCCAGUGACGUCAUCUCUAGAAGUCCCGCAGCACUUCAGCUGAGAUACCUGCAGACACUGAACAGCAUUUCGGCCGAGAAAAAUUCCACGAUAAUAUUUCCACUUCCAGUGGAUUUGCUCGCGCCAUUUCUCAGUCCUGUACGUCAACUCAACCAGGAAUCUCUUCAACAGACAAGCCGACCGGAGCGUUUCCCAUAAAUCGUCAAAAUUUUACAAUAUUUAAUGAAACACGGAAAAAAUAUAUAAUUGAAUUUAAAUACUACUCCAAGGCAAUCUUAAAAUCUUAACUUUAUUACUAACCUCAAAAAAUCGAUAGCCGUACAAUCGAUACGGAAAAGAAAAUCGAAGCCACACAACACGCUACAUCAAUAGCACAACUGUACCAUCUCAAGUUAGAGCUACCAAUCUAUUAAUUAGUUCAGAGAAUACUGCAGCAAUGUUGUGACUGUACAUAACGGAAUUGCAGUGUCGCAGGUGCAAGCUCCACUCUAGAACUUGGUGAUAGACCUCAAGGAGAACACUGCAACAUUUCUACCAGAAUGCAUCUAUUCACUGAGCUAACAGCUGUAACCCUUGCAGAAAUUAAUUGUAUCCUAAAUGCAACAAGAUGAAUAGUAAUCCUGUGUAGUAAUAAUUCGUGAAUUUAUUUAAGUAAUUGUAGAGUCAAUAAAGAAAGUUAGUAUCUCGAACGACAAUAUCAGCUAUGUUCAUGUAAUUCAUCGAUUACAUCGUCGAUCUCGAGCAUUGUCUGGUAUGCGUCAUGCAUAAAAAUGUUAAGGUUAGGAAAGUUACCGUAUGGAAGAACCACGAUGUUGAC